GUGUAUUUUGUGCAAAAAGCUGUCGGGAUUUGUCCAAUUGGAAUUGCAGACAAUUUGGGUUUUUUGCAUUAUUAUUGCGCGUUUUUAUAAAAAAGGACUCUGUAGCAGUUAAUAGAUAAUCAAUCAAUCCAUUACGAUUAAAGAACUAAAGAAGGCAUGGUGAGCAUCGUUACGCUGGGUAUUGCUGAAUAAAGGCGUUUGCUCCUACUAGAUUCUUCGAGAUUACCACUGCUCAUACAUGACGUUAUCUUCUAUAGAAGACGCUUAUUAGAGGAACUGGUUUCGGCAUACUUUCUUAGCAUUCUCGUUCGAUUGCCACAAACGAAAUGGAUAUAAAAAUUGAAGUGGAUUUCUCUGACGAUGUCGUCCUAAUCGCCGAUGCUCCUUUCUUUAUUGACUUGACUGGCUCAGAUGAUGAGAAUGAUGUCAAUGGAAAUAUGAAAACAGGGCAAAACAACACAACUAAAAUUGAGAAGUAUCAAAACAAUGGUAUUCAAACCAUUAGACCCCAAAGUGUCGUUGUAUUUCCAACUCGGAACACUGAUUGUAUUAACUUAAUGGCUUCACCGAGUGUUGAGAGAUUUAUCAUGGGCGAUAAAGAAGAUACCACAAGCAACAGUAGAGCUGUAAGAUCUGUAAUACAAUUCCCCACAAAUCCCUUCGAAAGGACAACCACAACGCUUCCGGCCAUUGAGGCACCCGUUACCAGGAAGAAUACAAAAAAAUCAUUAAAAAAGCCACCAUUUAUGUAUACCCGACCAAAGCAUGAAGUAUUGAGUGGAUUUGUAAACUUUACAUGGCGACAUUUGCCGGCAAAUGUAAAUGCCAUUUUGGGAUUGGGUGAUAUGUUUGUACCGCCCAAUAUGCCUAAGUUCACAGAGUACAUGAAGGAACUACACAUUAAUGAAGAAAAUCUGGCCAUCGAACCUUCAAUGUACUAUGGGGAAUAUUUGAUGUUAAGCUAUGAUAAAAUACUUAAGUCAUUGUAUGAACAAAACUCAGCUAACGCCGCACGUUUGAUCAAUGCCUUGGAGGACACUCGUAGAAUUGUUGGGAACCAGAAUUACAGAUUUGUUGAAAGUCUAAACAACAAAUGUACAAUAUUAAUGGAAGCCCAUGAAUACAAUCGGGAUAUGGAUUGUGUCAUACAAAAUGCUGUACAAAAUAAUAUUUAUGUCGAAAUGCGGAAUACCAGAUAUCUCAAGCGCUGGAUAAAACUUUGCCACAAAAAAUAUCAACGUCUCCAGCGAGAUUUUUUGCACAAUCGACAAAUGGCUAAAGCCAUGGGACGUCCACAGCCCUAUAGCGAUAAUAUUCAGAGACUUAUUAAUGAGUACAACACCGGUCGCCGAAAUGUUCCUUGUUUAUAUGGCCAGCUGAAAAUUGAUGGCGAACAGAGAAAUUUAUGCGCCAUAGCCAACACCUUAGGCUGGUAUAGUUAUCCAUUGGAACAGAUUAUUUGUCAUGUCCUUAAACGAGUCCUUGAGCCUUUUCUAAAGAAGUUCUAUGUUAAGGAUAUUACCCGAACGGCAUCUGAUAUACGUAAUACACCAGUGCAAGAUAAUUAUAGUUUUGUGAAAGUCGAAAUUGAGGAUAUCUAUUGUAACGUGAAACAAGAUGAUAUUUUAUAUUUACUCGAGAAAUUAGUGCAAACGGAAAUUUUUCGACAAACCAGUUCCAUAGAUCCAAUUGUUUUCAUGCAAAUGAUGAAAUUUCGUUUCCAAUACUUACAAAUUUUUGAAUAUCGUGGCAAGACAUAUCAACAAGUAAAAGGUUUGUUGCGUGGUUCCACUGAUGCACCGGUUUUAAUUCAAUUACUUCUAUGCUAUCUACUGAGCCAACAUGAGUAUGAAAUUUGCCGCUUUCCCGCCUACUCCCGGGUCUAUAUGCACGAAAAUGAGCUGCUGUUUUAUGUAUGCGAUACGGAUAUAAAUAGUUUUCUAAUGAAUUUGGAAAAUUAUUUAAAUCUUCGUUUUAAAGUUAAAACAGAACUCAAAUACUAUGAUUACGAAGAAAAUGAUCAGUUGGUCAUAGCUGGUCGCAUAUCAUUUUUGGACAUUGCCAUACAUCGUACUGAAUCGAAAUUCCUCACCAAAUUGCAUGAUCCACACAUCCAGGAUUAUGAUGGCGAUGUUCGUUACUCCGUACGCCAUUUACCACGCAAUUGGAAAAAUAAUGUUCUUCAGGGUCAUUUGCGGCGCAUUUUAGAACGUACAAGUAAUAAAUAUCUAUUGGACGAUCUCUAUCAUUUGGAACUAAAUAUUCGUGACUUCUCUUUUCCCCAUGUUCUACGCUUUAUUAUCGAACAUUAUUUGAAAAUCUAUGAUCGUAUAAUGUCUCAAGGGCCGCAAUAUGAAAACAAUCCCAUGUGCAAUUUUGAAAAUAUGCAAGAACGCAUAUGGAUUAUGCGUAAAUGUCUUUAUGAUACAAAUAAUAAAUAUCCCGGGCAUGGUGUCAGAAAUACUGGGAAACGGCGUUGUGAUACAGAUAACAAUGACGAGUAUCAAUCGCAGGCGAAAAGAGGAAGAUUUGAAGAAUUCGUAAAAUAGUAAAGUAUUCAUCAGUCCGUGGGGAGUAAUUCCUUAGUCUACGCUCACAGACAUUCCUAAGAAAUAUGUACAUUCAGUUUUGUUAUUUAGUUCACCAGUUUUUUUUUAAAUGUGAAAUUUGAUCAUUUUUGUUUUUUUGUUUUUAUAUUAAAAUUAGUGUCGACCACUAAAUUGCUGUAUUUUAGUAAAUACAAUUCUAGUAUUUAAGUACAAGUCUGUUUACUUCAAGAAUAAAUUAUUAACUCAAGCAUAAUUUUUUUCACGAUAUAUUAAAAUCCAUUUCGUAAUCUUUGCUGAUUGUUUGAUUCGUGUUAAUUUUAAGUAAAGUUACGUAACAAUAAGUUUAUGUAUGUUUUUUAGUGUAUUUUGUAAACUUCAUAUAUGGGGACAAUAUUUGUUUUUCAUAUGUGUUUAUUAUUAAAACAAGUCCUCGAAAAUUACAAAAAUAUAAAUUUCUAUAUUUUUUGUUUACGUAUUUGUUCCGGAAACUCAAGUCAAAUUGACCGACUUGAUAAUUUCCUAUGUUCCUAGAUAUUUUUUGUAU